AUGGCCGGUGAAGUAAAUCAAAAUUCCGAAGAAUGGCCUGAAGUGCGGUAUAUCAACAGCCAUGCUGUGUUCAAAGAAUACUUGUCGAGGGUCGUGGCUGGGCUCGGCGUCCUGAUUUUCACCUGGUCUACCGUUGUCCUGCUUGGUGGCUUCGUCUCCCUGCUCGACAAGAAGGACUUUUGGUGUCUCACGAUGAUUACCCUCUGCCAGACAAAAGAGGCAUCCGGUGCCAUUACUGGUGGAGUUAUAGAGGGGUUUUCUGGAGUCACCCGCUUACUCGCUACAGCAUUUAGCACACCCAAGUCGCCUCCAACUUCGACCGAGCAAAAGGCCGAGAUUACGGCAGAUACUCUUGCAUAUUCUUCACUUCGCAAGAUAGAGACUGAUCCGGCAGAGACUCCGGCCGAGACUCCGGCCAAGACUCCGGCCAAGAUUGUGGCCGAGUGGUUGAAACACUAUAUACUUGACCAUGGGCCCAUCGUAGCGUAUGCUACGUUGCAGUUGUUUCGGCUCCUUGUGUUCACCACCAUUGUUGUCCCUCUGGUGUUUGUCUACACGUUGGGCAUGUACAUCUCCACCGCGAUCUCGCUGUUCCGCCUCACACGGCGUGACUUGGGCUUCGGCAUGGCCAACGCCGCCGCCGAUGGCGGCGCCAACCUGCAGAAGCCGGCGUUGCGCGUCCUCUACCUGAUGGCUCUUGCCCAGGGCGUGCUUUACUUCUACGGCAUGACCUUCAUCACAACGGGAAGGAAGAUGGAGAGGAAAGUGGCCGACAAGUACAAUCUCAAUUAUGGGGCAAAAUCACCUGUUCGUGAGUACGCGGUCGAAACCAUGGCUGGAUGCAUGAAGGACCCGUCGUUCGUCAGAGGAAGGAACAUGGUCACACAUGCCAUUGGACUGAUAGAAUCUUCGUCGAUCGACACUGACAAUUUCAUCAAUGGCGUGAGGAUUAUCGACUCUCUCGUGCAAAGCCAGUUGCAGGGACACCAUGCGCUGAUGAGGCAGCUGCUCACCGGAUCCGCGUCUUCUUCCCACAUACUCGUCAAGCUCCUAGAGGCUGCGACCAGGUGCAGCCCAACUCAGAACAAUAUGACAAAGAGUGCAGCGAGGAUAGUCGAAUACUUCGCUGUCGACAUCCACCUCAAGAAGCUGCCAGGAGGCAUCGAAUGCAUAUCAGACAUGCUCGAGCUAUCGACCACAGGUCCACAGCUGGAGCAGUUCAAGGACACCCUGAAGCUUGACCAGUGUAUGGAGAUGCUUCACUGGGGCCUGAAAAUCCUCCGGAUCCUCGCUGCUCACAGUGACAAUUGUAGAGUCAUCUGCGACACUGAAGGUCUCCUCUCAAGGAUCAUGGCGCCCAUGAGCUCCGACCUGCUCCACCGCAUCGACCACGAGGUGUGGCACUCGGUUGUAGAGGAGUCGAUGCAACUGGUGGCACUUCUCGUCGUUGCUCCCGGAGUGACCGGCGUCAGGCUCCGCCGUGAGAUCUCUGGCAACAAGGAGGCUGUCACCACCAUGGACAGCAUUCCCAAGUGUAGCAAAUGCAAGCCACUGCUGCAAAUCAUGGCCAUCAAGAUCCUCAGCCAGCUAGCCUUUGAUAAAUCUUUAUCUAUGAGUACGAGCGUGGCAAGCAGAGAAGAAUUAGCCAAGUAUAUGCUGUGCAUCUUCACCGAUGAUAACAAGGAUAUGUCUGUCAGAAAAUCGGCUGCUCAAGCAUUGGCGAUGCUCUGCGUCGAAAGCCAAAGCAUUGCCGUGGUCAUCCUCCAGGCAGACGGCAAUGUCGUUGGUGUGCUCAAAGACAUGCUUCUACACUCUAAAGAAAACGAGAGCAGAAUAAGUGCAGCGGAAAUCCUAGCUCACCUAUAUAACCACUACACCUAUGACGACGAGUACCUCGGUGAAUUGAACAAAGUCAUCAAGGAUGUGAUGCCAAAGGUGCUUGGAGAAAUGUUUGGGUGUGGAGACAUCCAAACGGCGGGAACAAAAGCAGAUAAAGCUAUGUUUUCACCACCCGGUAGCGUAAGUAUUGAAGUCCAAGAUGGAGACAAUUGGCUCCGUGUAGACAGCAAAUUGCUGGAGGCUUUCCUAUAUUUAAUUACAACAGUAUUUGAUGUAAGCCAAGAUCAAGAUUUGGUCCAACUGGUUGAUGUGGUUUUCCCUGGAGAUGCUACCUUUACUCCCAUUGGGAAGCUAAAGGAGAUGGUAUGCAUCUACAUCUUGCCAAACUAUGAACUCACGGCUCACUGGCUGAGAAUUGUGAAGCUAAUUUUUAUGAUGUUCAUAUCGAUGUUAAGACUAAGGAGCAGCAGCUACGCCAAAGAAGAGGAAAACCUGAAGGAGUUGAUGGGCUAUCUGUCCGAAGUUUCCAUUCAGAUGUACGGCGUAGAUGGCGUCCUGAGCUUAGCCGAUAGCAACAAUGGCGCAAAACCUCCGUUGAAGACUCUCGUCUCCCUUUUUAUUGAAGCGCAGGAGAUUGUGGAUGGACAGAAGGAAGGCAUAAUCUACCUCCGUGGCUCUGUAGAGGUAAACCCAAUGGCGUAGGCGUAUGAGCAGAGGGUUAAUUAGCUUCUUGCCUUGCUGAUAUAUCAUUAUCUGCAUUUUGAGAAGAUUUGUGUUGGAUGAUAACAAACCAGUCGUGUAAACUCUGUUAGUAUUUUCCAGUACUGUUGUAUAAAUG